AUGCGGCCACAAGCUCCCACCCCUCGUGCCACGCGCACUGCGCGUGGCGAGUUAUCGCCAGAUCGCGUCCUGGGCUCUGCCCGAGUUUCUCGUGCCCGCCGCAUCCGCGGCAACCUCAACAUCUUCCGCCUCGCCCUCGAGGCAAUCCGACCUCCCCCCGCCGUUCCGGCAACCCCCCUUCUUUCUCCUGCCUCGCCGCCUAACCGCGGCGAGUCACGGUACUUUUCGGAGCGCCGUGACGUCGAGGGCGAAAACUCCUUCGCCAGGGAGUUGUGGAUUUCGAUCCGCAACGACCACUUCCUGCGGGGUUGCACUUGUGGCAACCCUAGCAUCUGGAAGUCGAAGGAGGAAGCAGAAGCGGCCUCUGGCCAUCUGCGUUUCUACCUCGUCGGCACGGAGAAGAAGGAUCUCCGGGUCCUCCAGAACAAGGAGGACACCAAGUGGCACUGCGUUUGUGCUCGCGGUGGGUUCGACUCCCACCGAAACGCCAACGGAAAACGCCCCGCCGGCAAGCUCGGCAAACUUUUUGGCCGCCGCGAGGCGCGCCACGACACAAAGCGGGCUCGUUUGGACCCAGUUAGCCCCACUCGGCGGGCGCUGGGAAGGCAAGAGCAGAAGGAGCAGGAGCAUUUCGAAGCUUCUGAGGAUUUGGCGACCCUCCCUUCUACCACCACCACCACCGACCAGUCGAUCUGGACCAAGGCGCGCGGCAUUAUCAACCGUGCGGUCACGACCAUGAGCGGCUCGGUCACCAAUUUCCUCGGCGCCCCGAGCAUCGAGAAGGACGGCGGCGACGUUGUCAAACACAUCGGCAACAAGGCUGGCGGGGACGGCGACGUCCUCGUCCAGAAGGUCAAAUCGCGGGUGGCCACUGCCACCGCCAACGCCAACGACGGGUUCGACGACCUCGAGUGGGCUGCGGCACCCACCGCCCUCAUCGGACGGGAGACCAUCGAGGGUCUCAGGAACGACUUUUCGGCGCAGCACGACGCCAUUCUGGAGAGGAAGUUCGUCCGUGGUUAUUCGGCCGCGGAAAUCCGACUGCGGGGCCGUGGCGUCUCGAACGCGAUUGUUGAUGCCAGCAUUGGCAUCAUGAAGUACCAGUCCCGCCUUGGGGAGCCCAUCCGGCCGGGUGAGCUCCCAAGCGACCAGACGGAGAAGUGGGAGCGCGCCGCAGACCAGUACCGGGAGCGGUUGGCCAGCUUCGUGGAGUUCGUAGACUUGGUCUACGACCAGGGCAGAUUCGACGCCCUCAAGAAGGUGUACCGGCGCCCGCCCCGGUCCCUCACCCUUCACAAGGCCCAGUUCCGCCUCGAGUGCCGCGGCCGCGCCAAGUUCAUGGCCUACUUGCUCUCUCUCGAAGGCGACUACGAGAUGAGCCCGCGCAGCCGGCUGGCCAUCGGCCAGAUGCUUGUGGACGCUAAUGCCGUUCGCAAGUCCGAGCUGCUGCCGAGCUACGUGGUCGUCUCGCCCAACCCGACGGUGGCCAUGCCGGGCCACUUCCCCCAGCAGCCGCAAUCCGCCGUGGAGCUCGUAGCUGCCGACAAGUACGAGAUCGUGCCCCUCCACGAGUACAAGUUCCCGGUCGCCGCUUCCUCCGCCCCCGCCGCCGACCAAACUAAAGUUGGCCGCCAUGGCGCCUUCAAGAGAGUGUUCCCGCCCAAGAGCAUCCUCAAGUCGUCGAACGAGGACGAAGGCGUCGACCAAGCCUCCGACUUAGCCCCGGCCCCCACCUCGAAGCCGCUCGCCACGCCGCCCACAAAGAGGACAAAGCGGCUGUCAUUUGUCAGCCCGCUUGCGACAUUUGUCCCCCCUUCCCACCUCCCCGUUCGCGUCAUGACCUCGUCGGAGAGAGAGAAGUACGAGACUUUGGAGCUUGAGGCCCGCGUCAUUGGCGAUGCGCAUUCGACUCGUGCUUUUGCUGAAUUCAAGACGCACCAUGCCCUCGGCAACCCCCAGAAGUCCCAGUCUGACCAGGCGGAGACCGACGAGCAGGAGAUGGGCCUGUUGUAUUAUUCCCGAAAAUACAAGGACUUCCUUAGCGGCCUCAAGGGCGAUCUCAACGAGAAGACCCUCUUCGCUCCACGAUGGGUUCCGCCCGCGAAGAAGGAGUACGAUCCUCGGGCUCUGGACAAGUUCUUUGCCGAAGACAAGGACGACCUGGCCGCACUGUGUGCCGCGACCCUGAACAUCUCGGAGACUAAGUAUGACCAGUUGCAGGUCGAUGCACAGCUCCAGGUUGACAUCCAAGCCGCUAAUGAUCGGCGUAUCGAAGAGGAGCGCAAGCGAAAAGAGUUUGAAAAGUUUCUCUUCGAGCAGGCGCGCCUUGAUUUGGAGCGCCAGAGAGAGGAAGAAGAGCGUCGCCGCGAAGAAGAGGAAGAAGAAGAGCGUCGGCGUGAGGCAGCCGCCCAGGAAGUCGACCCGCGCACCGGCCUAAGGAAGCCCGCCCGCUCCCUCAUUGACAUCCUUUCCGAAGAGCAAGACGAGGACGUCAAUAAAAUCGCCGCUGCUAACCCCUCCGCUGAGUUGGCUAAGACGCUCGAGGGCCAGUCUCUGACCAGGCGUGAUUUCGUGGAGAAGCUGCUUCCACCCACCGCCUGGCUUAACGACAAUAUUAUCAUCGGCUCCAUCCUCUACCUCGCCGAUUACGUUAACAAAGCCAAGGGCGCCACCGACCAAGAGCCCAAGUGUGCCGCCUUCACCUCAUACUUCUGGCCACGCGUCGAGUCUCAUGGAAUCGGUGCUUGCGGCCGCCUGCUGCGUAAGGCCGGUGUCCGGAAAGCCAACUUCCUCGAUAUCGACACCAUUCUGAUCCCCAUCUGCUCCGGUGCGCACUGGACAUUGGCAGUCAUCCGUCCCGGGCAACGCACCGUCGCCCAUAUGGACUCGAUGAGAAGCGGCGCAGGCCACCCGACCCUCAAAGCCAAGCUGCUCGAGGUGGUGCGCUUUAUACUCGAGGAUAAAUUUGUCGAGGCCGAAUGGAGUGCCUUCGACUACGCCGCGCCACGGCAGACAAACGGCUGGGACUGCGGCGUCUUCACCAUCACCAAUGCCAUGUGUCUAGCGUUGGGCCUGAACCCGAAGCUCGCGUACACCGAAAACGACAUGACGCUACAACGAAGGCGUCUGGCGGCGAUGCUCACCAACGGGGGUUUCACGGGUGACUUCAGCUUGGAUGGGUUUUAA